AGCGUUAGUGUGUCAUCCGGUUGGGGAGUGGAGGGCUGAGAGCAGUCUUUGGGCAGUAAAUACAUAGUUUUAUCAAUGCACAGACGAAGACUGCUUGUUGGCUGCAUACCGGACGAAGCCGUGACUAAAUGAAACCGACUCAGCUCAUAUAAGGCAGCCAUCAGUUCCAGGCCUGCAAAGUUUGUCACUUGUCCAGACCGAGGCCAUGAAUAAACAACCAAAUAAGGAGAGUCUUAAGGAAAGGGUGAAGGGGAUGCUUGGACUGGGACCACCUCGACCACCGAGCAAGCAGAGUGACACUAAGCCCUCAGAGUUUAUAAUAACUACAGAACUCAUAAAGGAGCUCCACCCUGACUAUGGGCUGAGCAACCGCAUACGCAUGAUGAACCAGAUCUGUGAUCUUGCCAAAACAAAAAAGUUUGAGGAGCAUGCAGUGGAGGCUGUAUGGAAAGCUGUGGAGGACAUGCUGAAUCCAGAGCAGCCACCAGAGGCCAGGCAUGCUGUCCUGCAGCUUCUCAGAGCCAUUAUACAGGGACAGGGUGAGCGGCUCGGCCCUCUGAGAGCCUACUUUUUCAAGGUGAUCAGAGACUACCAACCAUGCAACGAGGACCUCUCAGACAGAUUGGAAGUGUUUAAGGCCUUAACAGAGAAUGGGAAGGACAUCACAUACCUGGAGGAGGACAUAGCACGCUUUGUCCUCCUGUGGAUGGAAAUAGGUCUUACAUCCGACUUUCUCCAUGUUCUUGUAAAUCUGGUGAAAUUCAACAGCUGCUAUCUGGAUCAAAAUGUCUCCAUCAUGGUUCAGAAAAUCUGUCUGAUGUGCAACAGAACAACUUCAUCCACAGAUAUUGAGGUCUCAUUGCAGGUCUUGGAUGCUGUUGUGUGCUACAACUGCCUCCCUUCAGACUCCCUCACAGUGUUCAUAAUAACACUCUGUCGAACUGUGAACGUCAAGGAAUUUUGUGAAUCUUGCUGGAAGCUGAUGAGGAAGGUUCUGGGUACUCACCUUGGCCACAGUGCUAUUUACACCAUGUGCCGCAUCAUGGAGGAAAGGGUAUACAUGGAGGAUGCACCCUUGCUGAGAGGAGCAGUGUUCUUUGUUGGGAUGGCAUUAUGGGGCGCCCACAGACUCCCAGCUCUCAAAAACACACCAACACUUGUUCUGCCAUCUUUCUAUAAGGCCAUGUCAUGUGCCAAUGAGGUGGUGUCCUAUGAAAUCGUCCUCUCCAUCACCAGACUGAUCAAGAAGUAUGGCAAAGAGCUGCAGGUCGUCACAUGGGACAUCCUGCUGGGAAUCAUAGAGCGCCUCCUUCAGCAGAUCCAGACUAUAGGCAGUGCGGAGCUGAAAGCUAUUGUCUAUGAGCUGCUGACCACAGUAGAAGAACUGUAUGAGCAGAACGGCUACCACGGUUCCACAGAGAAGUUCUUCAUUCUGGUGGAAAAAUGUGCUGACAAGAGACCAGAUGCGUCAGUCCUGACCCUCAUAUCGUACAGGGCGCAGUCUAUCCAGCCUGCCAAGGACGGCUGGAUUCAGAGCCUUCACCGCCUCAUGGAGAAAUUUUUUAAGAAUGAGACUCGCAGUGUGAUAAGGAUCAAAGUGCUUCAUAUCUUGUCCUUCGUUCUCAGUACCAACAGACAGCUCUACGAGGAUGAGUUGAUUGAAAUGGUUGUGAUCCCUCAGCUCAGUGUCAUAGCUGAAGACAGGGAUCUGGCUGUUAGGAAGCAGGCCACCCAGCUACUGGUGGAUCUCGCUGAGGGUUGCAACACACACCACUUCACCAGCCUUCUGGACAUCAUUGAGCGGGUGGCUAGCCGUUCUCUGGUGUGUUUGGGGCCCAUGGAGGUUUCCGAGCGCGACCCCACAGCAGAAUCUCCUAUGGAGGAUGUCAGGACUUCUAUACUGGGCCUACUGGAAAUCUUACAGAGCAAACUUUACAGCCUGCCAGCCAGCCAUGCAAGUCGUGUUUAUGAACUGCUUAUCAGCCACUUGCAGCUCCAUUACAAGAACAAAUACUGCUCUGCUAUUGCUUCCACUAUUCGACUACAGGUGUUUGACUUCUUCCUGAUGAUGCGUGCCGAUUUUCUUCACCGUCUCGGUGUUCCCAAUAAAGACGGAGCCAUCAGAUUCAGCCCUUACUGCUACUGUGACACUGGGGAGCCAGAGAAGCGCGUCGGUGAGAAGAAGCCGGCAGGUUCUACGUCUCCUCCUGCAGGCAGUCCUGCUCCAGCUGCUGCUCCUCCAUCUGGAACAAUACGCUCAGCCUACCUUCCCUACGCGCCUGCUUUCAGUGUCCUACUGCAGUGCCUCAAGAUGGAGACUGAUUGGAAGGUGCUGAAGCUCGUUCUUGAUAAGCUGCCUUGGAUGCUGCAGUACAAAGUGCUGCUGCUCACAUCACCAUGCAGCUUAGACCAGCUCUGUUCCACACUCUGCUGCAUGGUGACAGAUCGCCUCAUCUCAGAGCGUUUAAAAAAGACCCCUGAGGGAUUUUCAAGAACUGAUGUCCAGCUAGCGGUGGUCCCUGUGUUGACUGCAAUUACCUCAUAUCACAACUACUUGGAACAAUCACGACAGAGAGAGCUGGUUCAGUGCCUCGAGACUGGCCUCAUUUACCGCUGUGCCAAGCAGUGUGUGGUGGCCCUUACAAUGUGCACGGUGGAAAUGCCAGAUAUCAUGAUCAAGCUCCUCCCCGCUCUCAUCGUUAAGCUCACACACAUUUCAGCUACUGUUGCCAUGGCUUCUCCUAUGCUUGAAUUCCUUUCCACUCUUGUACGCCUGCCCCAUCUGUAUGCCAACUUUGUAGCCGAACAGUAUGUUAGUGUGUUUGCCAUCUCGCUGCCCUACACCAACCCCUCAAAGUUCAACCAAUAUAUUGUGUCCUUGGCCCACCAUGUGAUCGCCAUGUGGUUCAUACGCUGCAGACUUGCCUUCCGCAAGGACUUUGUUCAGUACAUCACAAAGGGUUUGCGUUCGAACGCCCUGCUGCCGUUCGAUGACAGCCAUGAGCAGAGCCCGUUUCGCGCACGAAGCACCAGCCUCAACGAGAGGCCGAAAAGUCUGCGGGCAGCAAAAGUGGCAAAGGCAGCAGCAGCUGUAGCCAAUAGCAGCAGCUCUCCGGUUAAAGAGCUGAGGGACCUUUCAGCCAUGGACGCUUUCCGCUCCCGCAGCAUCAGUGUCUCCGAACAUGCGGUCCGCAGGAUGCAAACCUCAACCACCACCUGCAGUCUGGGCUCUGCCGAUGAGAACGCAGUAACUCAGGCAGACGAGGGGCUAAAAACGGUCCACCUGGAGCUAACAGAGACAUGUCUUGACAUGAUGGCGCGAUAUGUGUUUUCCAACUUCUCUGCCCUGCCCAAGAGGUCUCCCAUUGCAGAGUUCCUGUUGGCAGGAGGUCGCAGUAUGACAUGGCUGGUCGGUAAUAAGUUAGUUACCAUCACCACAAGUGGAGGUGUCAGGACACAAGCGCUUCUGGGCCUAGACAUGAAUGAGCGUCUGGGAGGGGGAGAAAUGACAAGAUCAGAUCCAUCUUUACACACCCGGAUGACCAAAGAGGCUCCAGCCAAACUGGAGUCACAGUCAAGUCAGCAGCACAACAGAGCCACACGCAUACGUGUCCGCUCCAUGUCAGGUGGACACGCUCUUCGUGCUGGUCCAGCUCAAAGUCUCAGUCCUCUGGUGUCCCCCUCUGAGGGAGAGUUGGCUACACCUCUUUCUCCCUACUCAGGUCCUACCCUGGAUAGUGUUGGUCCUCCCUCCUCCAUCUCUGCAACUCCGUCUGCUCCAUCUCCUCUUAGAGACAACCCCAGCCUGGCCGAAUUUGUACCGAUGCUCACACAAGGCUGGGCAGAGAUCUUUAUACGGAGACCGUCAGGCAACACCAGCUGGUUAAUGUGCUUGGAGAACCCCCCCAGCCCCUUUUCCUCUGAGCUUGGCAACAUGCCACUCCAGGAGCUCUCCAGUGUUCUGAUGGCGAUGGAGGGCGUGAAGGAGCCUGCUGCUCAGACAGCCAGUGCUCCCGCCAGUACAGCUGCCCCAGCACCCACAUCUGUCUCUGAACCUCUGAUCCAAACCCAAAGCAGUGUUGGAGGGAAGGCAAACCUGUUUCAGCGUUCCAAUACUGUGGGAGGCUCUCUGUGGUCUCUAGGUUUGGGCUGUGCCCCCCCAGCCCCCCCAGCCCCUGGCAGGCUGCACAGGAGCAUUUCCUGGGCAGACUCUGUGGUGGUGCUGGAGGAAGGCUCGGGUGUCACCGCAGCAAACACUCCACCUGACUGGCUGGAGAGUGAGGAGUUUGAGCCGAUUCCCACUGAGCCCAUAUUCAUAUCUGCUGACAAGUUCCCUAAAACCCCCCCUCCAGGAACCCUCAGCAGGUCGUCCUCCACCUCCAGUCAGGAUGAUGAAAAGUCGACUCUGGAAGAGGUGAGCGAAGGAGCCAUUCCCAUCGAUCAGCCCACUCUGGGCCCAUCCACUCCAGGCAGUCAGGGACCUGAGCUUCCAUUUCAAAGCCACUCACAGUCCCAGGGCCAUGGACUCAACAAGUCCAGUUCCUCUCCAGAACUCCAGACAUUGCCAGAGGCAUUCACCAAAGCUGCUUUGGAGUCUGAGGGUGUGCUGGGAGACACCUCACGGCCUAGAGCACCCUCGGACGGCAAGCCUCAGAUGCAGCAGUCACAUUUUGAGAGGGACAAAGUGGGGGGGAGUACAGGAGGAGAAAGAAAUGGACUGGGAGGCCCGUGCCUUGGUGCAGAUGGCUCAGGCUCGUCAUCUCAGAGUGGAGGAGCAGGGAUGAGGUUGUCUUUCCCAGCUGCUCCUGCACAACCUGGACCCAUCUCCCCCAGUGGGGGCCACCGACCCCGUGGGCACACUAUUUCUGUGUCAGCCCCUUCCUCCAGGAGAGAGAGAAGAACAGACAGGGACUCCUAUCACAGUCGACCUGGACCCAGCAACACGGAGAAAAUCUCUGGACUCAGCCCCAGCUUUGUUUUCCUCCAGCUCUACCACUCUCCUUUCUUUGGGAAUGAGGCAAACAAGCCUCUGCUGCUGCCCAAAACUCAGGUGAUUGACCGUGCUGUGAAGGUUCUGGACCAGAUGCCUCCUUAUGACACUCAUAAGAUCGGUGUGGUGUUUGUCGGAGCUGGUCAGGUUAACAAUGAGGUAGCCAUACUGUCAAAUGAAUACGGCUCCAACCGCUACGCCGCCUUCCUCACAGGCCUCGGCAAAUUAAUCCACCUAAAAGACUGUGAUCCCGACCAGAUUUUCCUCGGAGGGCUUGACCAGUAUGGAGAUGAUGGCGAGUUCACCUACUGCUGGCAUGACGACAUCAUGCAGGCCAUCUUCCACAUAGCCACAUUGAUGCCAAACCGAGAGAGCGACAAGGGCUGCUGCAAUAAAAAGCGGCACAUUGGCAACGACUUUGUUAUGGUGGUGUAUAAUGAUUCGGGAGAAGAGUAUAAACUGGGCACAAUCAAGGGUCAGUUUAACUUUGUUGAGGUCGUAAUAAAACCUCUUGAUUACGAAUGUAACCUUGUUACCCUCCAGUGCCGCAAAGAUCUUGAGGGCCUAGUAGACACAACGGUGGCGAAGAUCGUGUCAGACCGCAAUCUCCCGCUCUUAGUCAGGCAGAUGGCUCUACAUGCAAAUAUGGCUUCUUUGGUUCAUCAGUACAGGGCUAACCCAUCUGAUGCUUACGCUUCUAAAUGGCUCGCGAGAUUACGGCACAUAAAGAGGAUCAGGACCAGGGCUCAAGAAGACAUUCAGUCUCGCUCAACUCCCGGCAUCUCGCUGACCCAAGGACACACUCAGCAGAACAAAUCAUUUCAGCAGAGCACGGCAGGCGCGAACCCAGAGGUCUCCGGGCAGAGGAAAAGACUCGUAUCAACAGUGGAUGAUUUCACAGAUUUUGUUUGAUCACAUUUUAUGUCCUGGCUGACACACUCACAUACACAGUCAGACACGCACACACAGCCACAGACAGGGUGUGAUUGUGUGUAAAUUUGUGUAUGUAAUAAAAGCUGAUGUAAAAAGGUUU